AUGGAGGAGCGGGUGCUGCCGCCGGAGAUCCGCCUCAAGAUUGUCUUCGCCCAGGCGAACGCGGUCGAGGAAGAGGAAGAGCGGCUCGAGGCGGAUGUGAAGCGUCUGGAUGGACUGGUGCGAACGUUGGCUCUCUACGGUAUCCUGGAACGCGACAGCAUGGACAGCACCACGUCGGACAAGCUAACCCCAGACCGCGAGCGGGAGCUCGGGAAGAUGCUGGUGGCCGCGGUUCAGCUGGAGCUGUUUCGGAUGCUGGACGAUAUCUGCGAGGCGGGCGAUGUGGAGAACGAGCUGUUCGACGACCUUUGCGCUGACACUAUCCAGGACGGGCGCCGCUCGGGGUUCAUCUUCAUGACGGUGGAGCUGCUGCUGUCGCCGGGUUCCGGGUACAAGCGGCUGCUUCAGCUGCGGAAGGACCAGAUUUUGGAAGAGAUCGCCGACGUGGCGGGGCUACGGGCUUUGGGAGGACACGAUUGCCAGCGAUCCUCGUCCGAGUCAUCGGCACGAGGGAGCCCGUCACACGGACUGCGUAAACGGGUGGCGGCGAUGGACAGCGACUGCGGCUCGCCCGGCUCGGCAGCGGGAGGGCCUGGUUUGCAGAUAGCCGGCGGCAAUCGCAGCGCUUCCGCCAACCUUGACGAGAAAAGCCCUUCCCCGAGCAGCCCGAGACCGGACUCGUCUCGAUCGCCGUCGCCCGAGAACGGCCAUCGCCGCACCCAGACGCAGCGAGUGCGCGACCUGCUGAGCAGCAUCGACGGCCUCGUGCAGGAGUCGGAGGAGGCCCUCACCGGCAUGCCCUCGUUAGCCCCGAACGGCGCCAAUGAGAACGGCGCGGCGGCGGCGGCGGCGGCGGCGGGGAGGGGCAGCGCUCCUUCCCGCAGCGUCCGAGGGUUCAAGCGCCAGAGCACCGGUGCCGUGGACUCGCGAAGCGGCCCGUCGUCGCGGCUGAGCCUGCGCACGCCCCCGCCCCUAGACGGGGAAGGGGACGGGAGUUCCCACUCUGACAGGGCGUUUUUCCCGAACGAGCGCGACUGGCGCGGCAGUCGGUUUGGGUCGGCGACGACGCCUCCGCCGGAGCUGGCCGCCGCCCGCAGAGCGUCCGUGGUGCCUGCUGCUCCGGGCGCGGAGGAGGAAGACGACCCGGCCUCGGCCGACAUGCUUCUCGCGGAGGUGGACUGGCUCAUCGCGGGGACGAACGCUGCCCUCGGCGUCGGGAACACGAAACACACCCUCGAGGAGACCCCCGACAAGCGCGGGGCCUCUCCAAAGACGGGAGGUGUCUCCGAGCCGCCGGAGGCGACGCUGUCGGGGGGGGAAGGGGGGGAGGGCGUGGGUGGAGACCUCAUCGGCAUCGACGGCCUUGAGAUCACCCCGGACAAACGGGAGCUGUCUCCCAAGAGGCACGACGCCCCUGAGUCGGCGGAUGCGACACGUGUGGCGGGGGAGGCGCGGAUGGAGGAGGAGGGAGACGCCAGCCUGCCCGACGAAGAGACGAGCCCCGCUGCGCUCGGAGUCGUGCAGAAGGCGCUAGGGGAGGGCGGCAUCGAUGCCGAAGACUCCGCCGAUGAGCAGCGGGCGGGGUCGCCGUUGCCGUCCUCCGAAGCGGUGCUGACCUCCUCUCCGUCGCCGGAGGCUAGGGUGAGUGGCUCGUCGCCAGACUCGGCGGAGAAGACGGCGUUGAUAUCGUUGCCGCCUACCGAAGAAGGGAGUCUCGAAGGCGGCGACGAUGGUGCAGGCGUGGUGCCGGACCCGGAUGACGGUGCGGGUGUGCCACCUUCGGAAGAGGAGCCUGCCGUUGGCGCAGGGGGCUCUGUUGAGGGCGGAGGGGACCAAGGGGAACAGGCUGCCGAUGAUGUGACAGCUAAGUCUAGUAGUGAUGGAGAGCCUGCUGCGGACGGCGCCCCGGGGGAUGUGUCUGACCAUGUGAGGACGGGGCAGGAAGAGGAGGAGGAGGAGGAGAAGAGCGAGAAGCCCGCCCUUGACGUAGUCGUGGAGCCUAGCGUCGCGAGCGGCGUUCGGCAGGAGGGGGAGCAAGACGGCGGCGUUGUGUUGGGAGCGGUCAUGGAGCGGGGGAGUCUAGACCCGAGCCAGGAAGAAGUGAGCGAUAUCGGGCGGGGUGAGCCUGCUGUGCCGGAAGCCGACGAGGAAGGAGCUAUGCCGUCAGAGGCAGCUGGAGUUCGUCAGCAGGGCGGCGCAACCGUUACCCUUUCGUCCACGAGCGCAGCCGGGACCUCGAGCGGUUCCGGCGCAGACGACUCCACGGGUGGUUUGAAAGAACCUACCGCUGAAACGGAAUUUUCUAGGGAGAUGGGGAGAGGUAGUGCAGGGGGUGGUCCGUCACCGCUUGUGGUCGAAGCCGAGGCCGAGGUAGAGGCAGUGUCUGCGGGGGUGGGUACGUCCGUCGUAAUUUCCGACCACGGUCCGGAGAACGGCAUUGAGAACGGCGUUCAGAACGGUCUCCAGAAGGGUCCUCUAGGGAGCAGCACCAGCGAGCAGGGGGGGGGUGGCAGCGUUGUGGUCGCGAACGGGCCUGGUGCGGAGGAGGAGGCGCAGGUUCCGGUUUUCGAGGAGAUCGAGCUGUAGUUUGCUCUCGUCGGUGUCAACAGCAGUAGUAGCGCGCUUGUUGUCGUUUUGUUGUUGUUUUUUGCGCGAGAUCGUCGUGGUGGAGUGGUGGUUGGUUUGGUGUGUAUUUUGUGUAGCCCAACACUGCCAAGUUUCCCCACCGUUCGGUUGCAAUUUCACUGCUGACCAUUUUGGUCCUGUUACUCUUAGUGUAAGGUGAGAUCUGGGUUGAUUACGUGCGCAACGGGGAACACCAUUGUUUGUCGACCGUACACGUUUGUUGGCUGUACCACGAUGCUCAGGAGUAAACAUAGUUCCUAUUAUUCUUCGUUCGGGGGCGGAUUUUUCGUUCUGGACUGUUAUCACGGUGUUUACAUUAGCUGGCUUUUGUUCGGGGGUGGCCUUUUCGUUCUAGAUACAAGGGUGUGUCGAUGAUGUCCAGUCCCUGCGACUGCCUCCCAAGAAGACGAUGAUUAGUAGACAAGG